GAUCCCCACUGUAGCUUGAUCCUCUUCCACCACUUCCAUUUCUCAUAUAAAAACUCUGAACCUACAUACAAUUUUUCAUCACUUUCCUUCAUUCUAAUCAACUUUUGUUGUUACUGAUUUAAUUUAUAAAUAUGGGUGUGACCACUUAUGACAUGGAAGUUGAAACUGCAGUCCCUGCAGCCAAGUUAUACCAAUCUUUCAUUCUUGAUGGAGAUACCCUUUUCCCCAAGGUAGCUCCUCAAGCAAUGAAAAGCGUUGAGAUCCUCGAAGGAGAUGGUGGUGCCGGAACAAUCAAGCUCAUCACUUUUGGUGAAGGAAGUCAGUUUAAGAGUGUGAAGCACAAGAUUGAUGAAGUCGACAAAGACAAUUUGAGCUACAGUUACAGCAUAAUCGAAGGUGAUAUCCUAGUUGACCCAUUGGAGUCCAUCUCGUACCACAUCAAGCUUGUUCCCACUGAUCAGGGAGGAUGCAUACUGAAGCAUCAAAGCAUUUACACCUGCAAAGGUGACGUGAAGAUAGCUGAAGAAGACAUCAAAAAAGGCAAGGAGAAGGCCCAAGGACUCUUUAAAGCCAUCGAGGCUUAUCUCUUGGCCAAUUAAGAAAGCUUCACUACAUGGUUGCUUUAUUUAUGGUUACACACUAUUUGGUGAAUCUUUGUGUUGUAUUUGAGAGGAUAAUAUUUUGCUAUUUAUAAACCCAUAACAAUAAAGAUUGAUGUUUUUACUUCGUUUUUCUUUCGGUGAUCAAUAGUAUAUAAUAAACUUAUUGAA